UCAAUUUCUUCAGAAUUUUUGUACAGUUGAUAUACGGUCGGAAAGCCUUACAGAAGGCGACCCAGAGAGAAUUAAAAAGGUUUUGAUCUAUGUGUAACAAAUUCAUAAAUAUAAAACACUGAGGCUGAAGAAGAUAAAAAAGGAAAAUCAAAGCAAGGUUCUGGAAAAUGAUUUUGAGCAAGCAACAAGAAACUAUGAGAAUCAGUAACAGAGCCCGGCUGCUAAACGAUUUUUUGAUACCACACUUAGAUCAUGGUACCUUUGGUGAUAAGUUAAUGUGGAUAAAUAGAUGCGAAGGCCUGUUUAGAAUAUUCUGGAGACAUCAAUCGAGCUCCAAAUUUUCACCAGAAGACUCGAUUGUUUUUAAAGAAUGGGCAUUACUCAAAGGACUGUGGGAUCCUUACGACGACAGUAAUCUGACAAAAGCAAAGCAAAGGCUGAGGGCAGCGCUUCUUAAGUUGAAAACUGUAAAGUGCGUCGACAAGGACAAUGAAUUUCGUUUGUACCAGAUCAUCUCAGGGGCGGCUAUUCCCCAUAGGAGCCCUACUCAGCUGUUCCCAGAAGAAGAUGAAUUAGAAUCAAUCAUCAACUUUAUAUUGAAAGAUUCUACGAGCUAUGAAUUUUUCAACACAUUUUAAGACUUCCUGCAUGCUGCAUUUUUCAUCAUGUGUAUAAAUACAUUUUUUCUUGUGUAAAUACAAAUUCAUUUAAGGACUUUUUCUUCACUAAUAUCACACAUUCUACAAAACAUCAUUUCUGAAAAGUUAUUAAUGUACAUAUAUAAAUAAAAAGUUUUUGUUAA